GCUCGCGGACACGCGCGCGCGGGCGCUCUCUCUGCCCCCCUCCCCACCACCCUUUCUGCAUUUCUCUCCAUUAGGACGGGCUGAACGAUGCGAUCGCUCGCAGCCAUCGCCGCCGCCGCCCAUUAGAGACCCCCAGAUUAGGGGGAGGGGAGAGGAAGAGGGGGAGGAAGGAAAAAAGAAACCUCACCCCAAUCCAAACAGCAGCCCACCGCCCGGGGGGAAAGAAGAAGGAAAGAAAAAAAGGGGGGAAAAGAAAGAAAAGCAACGGAAAGGAAAUCCGAAGACGAGAAAUUCUGGCCGAAGAAGGAAGGGCGGAAAACCCCAACAUUUUGAACACUUUCUCUCGGGCCAGCUCGCUCUCUCUUAGCUGGGGCUCCGCUUCCUCCGACUUCACCGGCAGGCGAGCCACCUCCCUUCCCUUCUCCCAGCGCCCCCCCUCCCGACCAGCUCCUGCAGCUCCCGCAAGCUCGGCUGUGGUUCCUUUGGAUGCCUUGAUUCGCCGGAGCGAGCGAAGAGCAGGGCUGGGAAACAGGAGGAGAAGAGAGGAGCAGAAGGAGGGAGAGAAGGAGAAAGAGAGAGAGAGAGAGAGGAGAGGAUCUCCCCCCUCGGCCUUUGGCGUUGCAACCCGAGCUCCUCCCGGCCGGCUUUUCCCCCCCUUUGGGCUCCUCCGUGAAAGGGUGGGGGGGAAGAGGCGAAGGAGAAGGGUCCGCCAGCCCGGCACCGUUCCCGAUUUGGGGCCACCAUGGGAUGUACGUUGAGCGCCGAAGAAAGGGCCGCCUUGGAAAGGAGCAAAGCGAUCGAGAAGAACCUCAAGGAAGACGGCCUAACCGCGGCCAAAGAUGUGAAAUUACUCCUGCUAGGGGCUGGGGAAUCCGGCAAAAGCACAAUUGUGAAGCAGAUGAAGAUCAUCCAUGAAGAUGGCUUUUCUGGAGAAGACGUGAAGCAGUACAAGCCUGUGAUCUAUAGCAACACUAUCCAAUCCUUGGCAGCUAUUGUCCGUGCCAUGGACACACUGGGCGUAGAAUACGGGGAUAAGGAAAGACGGGCUGAUGCCAAGAUGGUCUGUGAUGUCGUGAGUCGGAUGGAAGACACGGAGCCCUUCUCUCCAGAGCUGCUUUCGGCGAUGAUCAGGCUUUGGUCCGACAGUGGCCUCCAAGAGUGUUUCAACCGGUCCCGAGAAUAUCAGCUCAAUGACUCUGCUCAAUACUAUCUAGACUGCUUAGAUCGAAUUGGAGCUGCCGACUACCAGCCCACAGAGCAAGACAUCCUGCGAACCAGGGUCAAAACAACCGGCAUUGUAGAAACUCAUUUCACAUUCAAAAACCUCCAUUUCAGGCUGUUUGAUGUUGGGGGUCAGAGAUCGGAGCGUAAGAAGUGGAUCCACUGUUUUGAGGAUGUCACGGCAAUCAUCUUCUGUGUUGCGCUGAGUGGGUAUGACCAGGUACUUCAUGAAGAUGAAACAACGAAUCGCAUGCAUGAAUCGCUGAAGCUGUUUGAUAGUAUCUGUAACAAUAAAUGGUUCACAGAUACCUCCAUCAUUCUCUUCCUCAAUAAGAAGGACAUUUUUGAAGAGAAGAUUAAGAAAUCCCCGUUAAUUAUCUGCUUUCCAGAUUAUGCAGGAACCAGCAACUUCCUGGAAUGCAGUGACUUACAUUCAAGUGCAGUACGAGAGCAAAAAUAAGUCAUCCAACAAAGAGAUAUACACUCACAUCACCUGUGGCCACGGACACCAACAACAUCCAGUUUGUCUUUGAUGCUGUAACUGAUGUCAUAAUUGCCAAUAACAUUGCGUGGAUGUGGACUGUAAUUAAAACCCCUUCCUCCCCCCGCUUCCUGUAGAAGAAUCGCAAUUCAUUGCAUUGUUUGGUUCGGUCCUCCUUACUCUUCGUAUGUAGCCCUAAGACCCAUCGUUUUGUUUCAGAUGUAGAGGUUGGGGAGCAUGGGUUACGCACUCUACUUUGAUCUGUCAUGGUGGGAAAAGAGAUCUUGAAAAACUGCUGUCUGUGCCUCAAUUCACAGGGCUUUUUGUUCACCGCA